UGGGAUCGCUGGGGCGAUGGUCACGGAGUGCGCUGGUUGUCGGAUGUAACCGGAUGAUAGAGUCCCGCUGGCGCUUACAAUAUGUUUCUCGCAGGCUUGCUGGGGCCGUUGUAGCCGCGAAGACCUUGAAAGCUGAUCGAGCAGCAUAAGUGAAAGUAAUCGGGUGCGCGCCGGAAGUGUAUUGUGCGACUGGAGAGCGUAGUGGUGCCACACAUUGCUACUGGCCCAAGAACCAAAUUCGGCGAGAAGAAGCUGUGUGUGUGCGGAGUCCUGUGAUUUUCUGGAAGGACAGGGUCAUGGGUCUUCUGUUUGCCAAAUUUUGGAGCUUUUUCAACACUGAUGAGCACAAGAUAGUGAUUGUUGGACUGGACAAUGCUGGAAAAACAACAAUAAUGUACCAGUAUCUGCUGGGUGACACUGUCCAUACAUCACCAACGAUUGGAUCCAAUGUGGAAGAAAUAACCUACAAAAACACCCAGUUUGUGAUGUGGGAUCUGGGUGGCCAAGAAAGUCUCCGGGCAUCGUGGAACACAUAUUAUGCCAACACACAGUUCAUCAUUCUGGUGGUGGACUCGACCGACCACGAGCGCCUGCCGGUGGCCAAGGAGGAGCUGUACAAGAUGCUGGCACACGAGGAGCUGGCCAAGGCUUCGCUGCUGGUGCUGGCUAAUAAACAGGACGUCAAGGCGGCAAUGUCGUCGGCGGAGAUCAGCAAGGUGCUGAACCUGACGUCGCUGAAGCGGCACCACUGGAGGAUACAGGCGUGCUGUGCGCUCACCGGCGAGGGCUUGAACCAGGGCAUGGAGUGGGUGUGCGACCGAGUGCGUAACAAAUGACCAGCGUUGACUUAGCUGCAGUGCGGACCAGUCGCCCUGCUUUCCGUUGCCCACCGCCGGCUCUGCUCGUCACGUCACGUCACGGCGGACCCGGCCGCCGCGUCACGGCCGGCCUCGUCACGCCGCCACUGUCAUGCCCCGUCAUCGCCGGGUCUCGGUAUGACGUCAUCGCCACGCCUCGAGCCGCCGCGCUCUUCAUCGCGUCACCGCCGGAGUCGCUCCGACGUCACCGCGAGGACUCGGUGUCGCCACCUGACGAUAUUGGCAGGACGCCGCCAGGGUCAGAGCGAGUGUCCGCCGUGCCCCAGCGCCUCCCCCUCUCCCUCUCCGAGGGGCUGAUUCCUCUGUGAGCCAUGUGCUGCGGCCUUGCUGAUGCAGCCCUGUUCCUUAGCGCGGUCUGAUGCUUAACCAACUGUGUCUGCGUCGCCUCUGUUGGCACCUAUAUAUCACCCGCCUUUCAAGCUUAGUGUCUUCCGCCUGUUCAGUCCGCUUGCUGUAUGGGAGCCAGCCCGCUGUGUCGCCUCUGCACCCAACUCUGGCGCGGGGAGGGCCCAGUGCCGACUAGUGCCACACGUCCGUCCGCGUCUGCCGGCGAUGCCCGACUGCCGGCCGCCGCCGGCUGCAGACCGCUCGCGCCAGGCGC